GUCAGAGCGACUCGACUCGUCGUCGACGGAGACUCGCGCGUCGCCCCGCGCCAGUCCGCCACCGACCUCGCGAUCGUCCACGUCGUCGUCGUCGUCGUCGUCGUCGCCGCCGUUGUUGUCGCCGUCGUCGUCGCCGUCGCCGUCGCCGUCGCCGCCCGCCGUCGUGUGCUGGUGGUGGUGGUGGUUGGAUAAGUGAUCAGUGAGCGAGACAAAGAGAUAGAGAAAUAGAUAGAGAAGAGAGCCGGAAACCGCACGCUCGGAGUAAAGCGUCCGCGCACGCAACGCAGUGACAGUCGUUGACUCGGAGAGUGAUCAAGGAGGGCAGGUGGUUGAUCGAUCAAUCCAGGAGAUCGAGGAGACGCGCGCGCGGUCACGUUGCGCCGCAACCAGGGUGUCUUCGUCCGCGGGGUUGUUGCUUGGAUGACACUGAGGUGGUGGUGCGACCGGGCUGUCCUCGCGGUGCGCGGUGCACGCCGCUGAUCGGAGAGGAGCCAACGUACUGUUCUCCGAAGACGCCCGGUGUCUGCUGGAUCCCAGAGGGACCGAGACUCAAGGGGGUACCGCUCGCGCGGUAGUUUGUCAAACUCGGAAGCAGCCGCGUCACACGUCGCGGCUUGACAGGGUACAGCUGGAAAUGAAUAGCGCCGAGCGAGUUGUUGAAGCGUUGUUUGGGCUGAUACGACGACAGGAAUGGUGCUCGCGUGGCAGUGACGAGAUGUCAAACGUGAUCAGUCUUCGUAAAGGCCACGGCGAAACUCUCCGAAACUCUCAACGGCGUAUGCGGAAAAUAAGCAUGUCAUCGCUACGAACGCAGUCGACCGGCGGCGGUGUUCUCGGUUUGAGCAGCAUCGGUUCUGAUUGCACGGGCGCCGCCUCGACCGCUGCCGGUUCCCACUCGCAUUCCCACUCGCACAGGAAACAUCAUCAUCAUCACAGAAGCAGAAGUGCGCCCCGAGCACCGGAGAAACCGCCCAGGAAGCGUCACUUAAAUCCCGGACAGAGCCUCGCCUGCAUUCCCAGCCAGAUCAAGUUGUCGAUGCUGAACAGCGGUCUCAUCUCUUUCGCCACGGAAGACACAGGGAGCAGUACUACGUUGCCGUCCACGCCGACUGAGCUCUCGCAGUUCCCAAAGCUCUGCGAGCUACGCCGAAAAUUCCCAGUUCUAUACCGGGUGGAGUUCCAGACGGCGACGAAGGUGGAAACGCAUUCGUGCAGACACGCCAUGAAGCUCGCGAACAAGGAGAAGAAUCAGAAUCAAAGGUGUAUUCCAUAUGACUAUAAUAGGGUAGUGUUGGAAACGAUAGAAGGCGAGCCUGAUUCCGAUUACGUUAAUGCAUCCUAUGUAGAUAGUAUAUUGAAACCGAAGGCUUACAUCGUCACUCAGGGACCUAUGGAGAACACGGUGACGGAAUUCUGGCGAAUGGUCUGGCAGGAGCAAGCGUCCUGCAUCGUCAUGCUCACGAAAACCUUCGACUUUAUCAGGGUGAUGUGCGUGCAGUAUUGGCCGGCGAGUAAAGACAAAGACGAAGAAUACGGCGGCAUUGGCGUUUCCGUGCUGAAAGAAGAGGAACUCGCCAAUUUUCAUAUACGAACAAUAAGACUCUACAAAAAGAACGAGAACAACGAGAUUACGGAAGAAAGGACGCUGUUGCAAUUUCAUUACACGGAGUGGCACUCGCACACGUGUCCCUUUGGCAACGCGGUACUGGAGUUCAGACGGCGAGUUCGCGCCGUGGUGGGAUCGACCAUAAAAAAUGAAUCCGGGCCUAUGGUCGUUCACUGCAACGAUGGCGGCGGACGAUCGGGGGUGUAUUUAGCGAUCGACGCGAACAUGGAGCUGGCUGAGGAAGAGGAUACCUUUGACGUAUUCGGCUACCUGAAGAGACUGCGACAGAGCAGGCGAGGACUCAUCGAGAGUUUGGAACAGUACAAAUUCGUAUACGACACGCUGGAGGAGUUCGUCGUGUGCGGCACAUCGUGGUUUCCCGUGGCGGAAUUGUCGCAACGGCUGAAGCAGAAGAGCGUGAAGAAUCCCAUAACCAAGAUCAACGAGUAUCAACGGGAGUACCAACAGAUCUGCAAACAGACGCCACGUUUCACGAUCGGCGACUGCGCCGGUGGACACCGGGCCGAUAACAGGGAGAAGAACAGAGACGUCCUCGUAGUUCCACCGGACAACUUUCGACCGUACCUCACCAGCUUCCAGGGUAACAGUUUCACGGAUUACAUAAACGCCGUCUUUGUGGACGGCUACACAAAACCGAGAGAAUAUAUCGUAACGGAAUGGCCUCUUCGGCACACGUGCGGAGAAUUCUGGUCUUUGGUUUACGACUACGAAUGUGCGGCGGUAGUGGUGUUAUGCGUGCCGCCUCAGGGAUCUGCGAGUUUCCCCAGCUUUUGGCCAGAAGGAAGACACUCCAAGAAGUAUGGGCCCGUGUUUACGAUCGAUCACAUCAGCCACAAUCAUUACACCAACAUAAAAACCUGGGUUUUUAGGAUAAACAAGAAGAUUGUCUCGUUGACGGAAUUGAUGGCGGGUGUGAAAGCACCGCCGAAAACCGUACAACUGUUCCAAUUGACUUGUUGGCCAAUGGGCCACAAAGUGCCCACCUCCACGAAUAGUUUAGUGGAGCUCAUGAAUAUGGUCGAGAGAUGGAGGCAGCGCACGGACUACGGACCAGUGGCUGUGGUAUCACCCGAUGGCAGAAGCCGUUGCGGGGUCUAUUGUGCCGCCAACGCGUGCAUAGAACAGGUCAUUCAGCAUGGGGAGGUUGACAUCUUUCAGGCUGUCAAGACUGUACGCAGGCAUAGGCCCCAGCUUGUGGAAAACAUGACGGAGUACAAAUACUGCUACGACCUAGUGCUGCACUACGUGCUGCACUACCUGAACAAAGACAUGAACGAAAAGAAGUGAGAAAGCGAGUUGAGGGACGAGCUGUGGUUCAUUGAAUUCGGUCGCGGGGCGGCACUGCCA